AUGGAUCUGUAUAGUGUACGAGGGGUCACCCACCGUAUCGACCAGGAGCUUUCUGCGGAAGAGCCACCAGGGGCCAAGUAUCAAACAGCGCGUUCCCUGCGUAUCCACCACAACAGCUACGCUUUGCACGUUCGGUUCGGGACCGAAGACAAGAUGGCGCCCCGACUCGAUUAUCAAAGGGGUAGCCACGAGGCACGAGCCGAACCUGUCCCUCUCCAGAUACGCGCCCUGUCAAUCGCAUCGAAGCCCCCUGGAUGGCGGCUCGCACGGGAAGCGCAUAGAGUCCACAUCACCGCCACGUGCAACGAUCGCCUCUCGCACACGGCCUCGCGUCUCUAUCCUUACAGGCGAGUCGCUCACCCUCCAUUCAACACCAUCGGAGCGGCUUGCUUCUGGAUCGAGAUUCCCCCUGGCAGUACGCCGCCUCAAACGGAACCCCUACCCGUCUUCCCCCCGCUUCCGCUUCCCUCGACGUGCAACACUCCUGCCCGUUUUCUGCUUGCCUCCCUCCCCAACAAUCCUAAUCCCCUCAACCAAAUCCUCGCAUCCGUAACCGGUGCCCGUUCCGUCCGUUGCCAAAAGGCGGCACGCUGGGUGCCCCUCGUCGGCUGGGUGGGUAUCAAGCUACCUAUCUCCGAUGAGUGA